AUGGCGGGCAGUUUGCCAUGCUGUAACGCAAUGACUAUUAGCGACAACUUCCCAACAAGCAACGAGUUCCGUUCCGACACCUUCACGGUGCCCACCCAGAGCAUGCUGCAGGCGAUUGCGUACUGCACGGUUGGAGAUUCUGUGUACAAGGAAGACCAAGACACUUUGGACCUCGAGGCCAAGGUUGCGCAACUGGCCGGCAAAGAAGCGGGACUCUUUUGCUGUUCCGGUACCAUGUCGAACCAGAUCGGUUUGCGAGCACACUUGCACCAGCCACCACACAGAAUUCUGUGCGAUUAUCGCGGACAUGUUUAUGCGCACGAAGCUGGAGGACUGGCCACUCUUUCGCAGGCCAUGGUGACUCCUGUGAUUCCAUCUAACGGCAACUAUUUGACGCUUGACGACAUUUUGGACAACUAUAUUCCUGACGACGGCGACAUCCACAUGGCUCCCACCAAAGUGAUUUCGCUGGAAAAUACUCUUCAUGGAACAAUCAUGCCAUUGGACACCAUCAAGGAGAUUUCCGGCUGGUGUCGCGCGAACGGGGUGAGAUUGCAUUUAGACGGUGCUCGUCUAUGGAACGCCAGUGUUGAGACCGGAAUCAGUAUUGCAGAGUACUGUCAGUACUUUGAUUCUGUCUCGCUUUGUCUUUCCAAAGGAUUGGGAGCUCCUGUUGGCUCGAUUCUUGUUGGAGAACGGAAAUUCAUCGAGAAGGCCAACCAUUUCAAAAAACAAAACGGUGGCGGAAUCCGUCAGGCGGGUAUGUUGACCAAAAUGGCCAGCAUUGCAAUCGACGAGAACCUGGAAAAGCUUCUGGUCGGACACAAGUUUGCCAAGCAGGUUGCGCAAUUCUGCGAGCAGAACGGGAUCGCGCUGGAAUCGCCAUGCCAGACAAACUUUGUGUUUCUGGAUCCAAAGAAAGUGAAGAUCGACCCGGCCGUCUUGGCAGAAUUGGCCGUCAAGUACAAAGUCAAGGUGAUGGGAUACAGAUUUGCUUUCCAUUUCCAGAACUCUCCAGAUGCCGUGGAAAGGCUCCAAUUGCUUCUAAAAGAAGCCUAUCAACAUUCGCUCGCUCACCCUUACAUCUCCAAAGGUGCCGUGCGAAUUUAUAGAUCUGCCGAGACCGCCACGGCUAAAUAG